AUCCGACACCGCCGCAGCGGCAGACGGAGUGAAGCCGUCCCUCCCUCCCCCCUUCCGCGCCUCCACACGCUCCCCUUCCCAUGGCGCUCGCGCUGCGCUGCCCCGCCGCCACCUCCUCCAGGAGCCCCUUCCUGCCCUCCUCCUCUCCGGUCCCGCCGGCGAGGGUCCCGAGGAGGCCGCCCGCCACCUUCAGGUGCAACUACUACUACGGCGACGGCGGCGGGUUCCGCAAGAACUACGACCACAUCCCCAAGCAGUUCCGCGAGGAGAACCUCAAGGAUGGACUGAUGGAUAAUUACAAGAAUGUUCCUCAAUUCCUUUAUGGAUUAAGUCCUGCUCAGAUGGAAAUGUUUAUGAACGAUGAUAAUCCUUAUAAUCGGCAAUCCCAGAAAGUCACCGAGGAAAGCGUUUCUGCUGCUCGGAGUUACGAGGAAUUUGGUAUGUACACGUUGUCAGGCAUGCAUGAGGGCCCUGCAAGUUACAGCAUGGGCAUGGGCAUGGGGGGCAGCAUGAGCAUGAGCAUGGGCAUGGGCAGAGGUGGGAGAGGAUAUAGAAGAAUGAGAAGCUCUGCUCCAGAUCUGCCUUCAUUGUUACUGGACUCUCGAAUUAUAUUUCUUGGAAUGCCUAUUGUUCCAGCAGUAACUGAGCUUAUUGCUGCUCAAUUUCUGUGGCUAGAUUAUGAUGACCGCACAAAACCCAUCUAUCUAUAUAUAAACUCCACUGGAACUAUGGACGAAAAUAAUGAGCUUGUUGCAUCUGAAACUGAUGCUUAUGCAAUUGCUGACUUUAUCAAUCGAAGCAAAUCCAAGGUUUACACAAUCAAUCUUAGCAUGGCCUAUGGUCAGGCUGCAAUGCUUCUUUCCCUUGGUUUCAAGGGCAAAAGAGGAGUGCUGCCAAAUUCAAUCACUAAAUUGCACCUCCCUAAGGUCCACAAAUCUGGUGGAGCCGCCAUUGAUAUGUGGAUUAAGGCAAAAGAGUUGGAUACAAACACAGAUUACUACCUCGAUCUAUUGUCAAAGGGAGUCGGUAAACCAAAGGAAGAGCUCGCCGAAUUCCUUAAGGGCCCAAGGUACUUCCGUGCACAAGAGGCCAUCGAUUAUGGACUUGCUGAUACAAUCUUGCACUCAUUGGAUGGUUCUUUCAAGCCAAAGGAUCUGACUGCGCAGCUGGCCAAAGCACAGGCGAUGCGGCAAUCAGGUAAGCGUGCAGCAGCUGGAGCUGGGAGAUGGUCAACUCCAACUGCACCCCGGUAGAUUAGGUUAAGUUUCAUCAGGACGGUAUGCUCGUCUUGAUGAUAGUGUGGUUCUGCUAUACAAAGAAGCCAGCCUCUUGUAUACAUGCAAAUAAUCAUUUCCAUGGGGCUCGGAAUUAGAUGCUGGAUAGUGAAAUUAUCUAAACUGUAGCAUAAGUUGUGAUGUGUGUCAUGUACGUGUAAUUUUGGUUACACUCAGCCCACAGCUAUUGUAUCCCGAUAGAUUUCAUUCCACCAGUGGAAAUGAUAGCCUAUGUGAAUUACAACCAA